AUGCCCUCUCAAUCUAUCUGGAGUCAUAUCGCAGAGCUCACUCGCGGUGGGCCUGUUCCGAAAGAUGUACCGCACAAAGGAGAGCUCGUUGUCGUCGGAACUGGUAUCGCCUCUCUCCGACAAUUGACUGUCGAGGCACUGGACUAUAUCCAGCGAGCGGACGUUGUAUUCUACGCUACACUCGACGCUGUUACAGAGGCGUUCAUCAAGCAGCACGCUAAGGCCGCCGAGAACCUGUACCAGUACUACGAUACGGAGAAGAACCGCAACGCGACGUAUACGCAGAUGGCAGAGACAAUUCUUGCCUCAGUUCGCAAAGGUAACAUGACCGUGGCUGUCUUCUAUGGCCAUCCCGGGGUCUUUGUUACUCCAUCCCAUCGCGCAAUCUAUAUUGCUCGUCAGGAAGGAUACAAGGCGAAGAUGCUGCCGGGAGUCUCUGCUGAAGACUGCUUGUACGCUGACUUGGACAUCGACCCUGCUAGUUCGGGUUGCUCCAUGUACGAAGCCAGCUUUCUCUUACUCGAGCCCGAUCGGUUGGACUCCCGCCACCACCUUAUCAUCUGGCAGGUUGGCUGCGUUGGUAAGGAAGCAAUGGUAUUUGACAACAAAGAGUUGUACAAGCUGGCCGAUUAUCUCGAGGCGGAGUACGGCCCCAAGCACCCGGCCAUUGCCUACUUGGCCGCUAUUCAACCUUUCAACGACUCCAAGAUGGACCACAUGACUGUUGAAGACCUUCGAGAUCCCGAGAAGGUUCGAAGCAUUCCAAUAAAUGCUGGAACCACACUCUAUGUCCCUCCAAAGAAGCUGCCAGCGAACCCACAGGCUUACAAGGACAUCGAGAUUGGAUACAAGCUCGGUCUCACUUCAGCAUUUCGCAUCAGCCACCCAGAACUGGACGUUGCGGAGACCUACAGCGAAAUCGAGAAGGGUUGGUGUGAGGAGCUCGUCUCGUGGACACCACCAAAAUCGUACAUUCCAAACGCGGCAACACCUGCGCUUCGGCGCAUCGCGAUCAAGCUUGCGCUACUGCAUCAUCGACUGCAUGGCAGCAUGAGUCUCGAGGACAUCGCAAAUGCAGCUACAGCAGCAGAGCCCAGCUUGACUACCGAUGAGAGUGACCUUUUGAAACAGUCGGUCGGCUUCCUUGAUUCCAUGUUCAACAAGGAGCGCCCGCCACAGUCCGUCACCACUAGUAUAGUUAGAAGUGUUGUCCCGCCUAUCGUUACGCAAUUAAACAUCAUUCGGAAGGAUGGAACGGUGAUGAUGGGGGAUGGCAAGCCUUCUAUCUACGUAUUCUAG